UUCUGCUUCAAGUUGUGAGACACGCAGCUCCAGAGGGGAGUGAGAUUAUUUGGUGAGUGGAGCAAUAAAUGGCAAGUGCUGCACUGAUCAAGAGGAGAUUGAGGGAGAUCAGAUAAGAACACAGGACAUGGCAACCAGCUCUUCCUCCCAAAGGAUUGGAAUUGUGGGAUACGGACAUUUAGGGCAGUACCUGGUGGAGAGGAUCCUUAAAGAUGGAGCUGCUCUUGGUCUAACUCUGGCUUUCGUUUGGAACAGGAAUUCUGACAAGCUCAAAGGUUUAGUUUCUGAUGAGCUUAUACUUGGUGAUCUGUCAUCCUUUGCAAACAGGCCAUGUGAUGUGAUCGUAGAGGUCUGCCAUCCACAGAUAGUGAAAGAAUUUGGGCUUCACUUCUUGUCUCAGUCUCAUUUCAUGGUGGGUUCUCCCUCUGCCCUUUCUGAUCCUGAUCUGAACCAGAAGCUGCGUCAGGCCGCUCAGCAGUAUGGUAGGACGCUUUACGUCCCCAGUGGUGCAUUGUGGGGAGGUCAGGACAUCCAGAGGCUGAAUGAUAGUGGGGCUUUAAAGGCUUUGUUUAUAAGAAUGUCCAAGCAUCCCUCCUGCUUCCGGCUGACAGGAGACGUCCUCUCUGAUUGGAUGGAGGAAGAGGGCAGACGUGUUUUAUUCAGAGGCUCAGUGGCAGAGCUGUGCCCACUUGCUCCAAAUAACGUUAACACCAUGGCAGCAGCGGCAGUGGCAGCAGGAUCACUCGGCUUUACUGGUGUCCAGGGAGAGAUUGUGUCUGACACAGCUUUAAGUGACUAUCAUGUGGUGGAGGUGGAAGUGACCGGGCCCGGUGGUUUCUCAGUACACACAGUGAGGAAGAAUCCAGCCAAACUUGGAGCCGUUACCGGCAGCGCAACAUACAACUCCUUCUGGAACAGUCUACUUGUUUGCAAAGGUCACGGAGGCCGAGUUUAUCUGUGCUGACCUCUGUAGGAUUAACUACAACACAGCAAGAAGAUCCACUUCCAGAAAAUUCAGAUGGUUUAUAGUGGAUAAGUUGUGUGGAUCAGUAUGUUACUGAGAGCUUGAAAGGAUA